AUGCAUACCCAAAAACAAUGCAUUUCCAAGAGGAAGGUCAACGACAAGACUGAAGAAUACUUCUUGAAAGACGAAUUUGAAGCGGAUAAACCAGUGUUAAAUGGGUCCCUAGAAUUCUUACGGAAUUUCAACAUGUCAGAAAACCCGUUAAAAGUCCAAUAUAGAACUGUAUCAUUAAAGGGUCAGAGGAUGAAACAUGUUUUGUCAUCAAUCCCUCGCAUAACACACACACAUACACUUCACUCUCUACGCAUGUAUUCACCACUCAACACCUCCCGAAAAGAGAUACGCUUACUGCAUAUCCACCCUGGUAAUUGGAAUGAUGGCAUCGAAUGUCAUAUGGAAACUGUAUCCUUGAAAGAUUACCCCAAGUUUCAAGCCAUCUCAUACGUAUGGGGCGAUACGACAAAUAAAUUAUCCAUCACGGUCGACGGGAAAAAUCUGGCGGUAACUCAGAAUGUAGUCACUGGCCUUCAAAGACUCCGCGCUACAGGAGAGACACUGGCACUCUGGCUCGAUGCAGUGUGCAUCAAUCAGUCAGAUAUUCACGAACGAUCCGAGCAAGUGCAGUGCAUGAGGGAAAUAUACAGUUCCGCCGACGAAGUUUUCAUAUGGCUAGGUUACGGCCGCAACUUGCACUCUCCCUCGGAGCAGCCAGAUAUUGUCAGAUGGACUGGUGAAGACGAAGAUUUGGAAAUUGUCGACUCGUAUUUCAAGCAAGGAACAUUGCAGAACAGUCCAAAUGAAGAGGGCAACGAAACUGAAGACGUAGUCGGCCUCUUCGUUUACAUGAAACUUCGAGCCAUGAACAAACACGUUCAUGAAAUACCUUUUUUUGAUGUUAAAGGAGGUAAACUUCAAGCUGGACAAUCAUGGUUAGCCAUCAUCCAGGCUAUGCACACGCUGAGCAGCCAUCCUUGGUGGACGCGGAUUUGGGUCGUCCAAGAAACAAUACUCGCUCGGAAAGCAACCGUCUUAUACGGCAAGAUUACUGUACCCUGGACUCUGGUUGGAGAAUCUACCCGCGCUGCUGCACGCCACAUUCAUUGUUGCGGUGAUCUGCACCAAGCACGAGGGGGGCGCGAACUGCGCGCCAUUGUCGAGUUGAGAAAGGCCAGGUACGACGAUCUGGAGUGGCUGAGGGCUGCAAGAGCACAAAAGAAAAAAUUAAGCCUGUACCAGGUCAUGAGUCGGACAUACUCGCGCAACGCAACAGAUGUCCGGGACGAAGUGUUUGGGGUACUGGGAUUGGUCACUGACUGGCUUGGUCAGUCGCCUUUGAUUCCCGACUACGAUUUGUCUCCGUGCGAAGUCUUCAUGCGCGUAGUUACCAAGCACAUCCAGAGCACUCUUUCAUUGCAUAUAUUGAUGGGCACGACUCGAACUGGAAUACCCCAUGUACCGUCGUGGGUCACACAAAGGGGCCGUACCUCGCAGAGUUCUAGCUCAGCAACUGGGUAUAGAAUUAACCGCGCGGUGCUAUUUUCUGCAGCGGGCGGUCGCCCAGCCAGCGUCAGACGAGCGAGUAAUGUCUUGAUUACAGACGCCUUCGAACCAUCUCUCACCGUUUCGCAAGUGGGUUCAACUUUGCCAGGAAACCAUAAUUGGCGCGAAUUAAUCGAUUGCAUCGCAUCGUGGCGCCACAUGGCCCAACUCGAAAAUCCAACAGACCACACCCUCGGCCUAAAGAACCCUCAAAACGAGGCAUUUUGGCGUACAAUCAUUCACGAUUCAUGGCAACCACAACGCAUGAAUUCAGUCGAUAUCCUUUCCGCCCAACUCGACUUUAGUGGUGAGGUAUUCACUGCAUACCGGCGAUGUGGCGACACCGAUGUCAACCGUAUCGCAGAGGGCUUCUGGGACUGGGCUCAAUCCCAGGCAAAAGGCGACUUGAAGAAAAGCGAAGAGCAUACUAGCAGUAUGAAUGAGAUCAAGGCGUUUUACCACUCUCUACUAGGCGCAAUACUUGACCGGCGCUUUUUUAUCGCCAGCAAUGGCUGCAUGGGAAUGGGCCCGCCUGAGAUGCAGCCCGGUGAUAGCAUUGUUAUCUUGCUGGGAAGCACAGUGCCAUUUUGUAUUCGUGCCAUGCAAGAUGCGCCUAAUGGCAACUACAGACUCGUCGGUGAUGCAUAUGUACAUGGCCUUAUGGACGGGGAAGGCGUUCCGAACGACUGUGAAGAGAAGAUUGUCCAGAUACAUAUCCAUUAA